UUUGUGGGCUAUAUUUAAUUUGUUUGUGUGUAGACUGUAGAAACGGAUUAUUACACUUUUUAUAAUUUUAGUAUUAUUAAUUAAUAGUUAUUUUAAUGACUAAUUUAAUAAUAUGGAUAGUAUAAUCGAAACCUUAUCAAUAACAGUGUCAUUAGUUACUUUAUUUUUAAUUCCCGCGACUCUGUUGACUAUAUCAUAUCUUAUAAAAAGAAAUGGAUUUUAUGUUAGUGUAAAUUGUUGGUUUUGUAAUAGCUGGACCAAAGUUAUUUUUGCAGAUCGUAAUAGUUUUUACUGCCCUUUCUGUUUACAAUAUAAUGGAUUUAACAAAGAUGGAGGAUAUAACAAAGUUAUCGAGGAACAAUUUAAUACUUCACUUAAUAAACCUCACUGUAAGACUGUUGAGAAAUCUGGGACUUUUUCUUCUAACGGCUUAUGUGCUUAUUGUAAUAACAAUCAACAGUUAAAAAUAAGACAAUUAGCAAACUUUAUCCCUUUAAAUGACAAAAAUUAUGACGCUGAAGUAGAACAUUUUCGGAUACAAUUAGAAAAAUCAUAUAAAUUAUGUAAAAAAUGUGACAAAAUCUUAAAGAAGACAAUAGAAAGGCAACAUGCUUGGAUCUUCGGAAAUCGCAUUAAAAAUUUACCGAAAAAAGGCUUACAAUUAUUGAUUAAAUCGAAAAGAUUUAGUGAAGCAUCUAAAAAAUCUGUUAGUAUGAAUAUUGUGAGGUAUUCCCUUAUUUUAUUUUCAUUGAUUGUGCUGUGUCGGGCAGUAAAUGAAAAAAUAAAUUAUCCCAAAAGCACAAUUAAAGAAUAUAUGCCAGGUGUUUUUACGCCUUAUACAGUAAUAUUAAAUGAUUGGUGCCAUAUAGUUUCCAAUGCCACAGAUAACUUUAUCAAAAACAUGAGUAAUAAAUUGAAUUUACGUUCUAUAUCUGAUCUCAAAGAUGCAAGGAUUAUAAAGAAUGAUAUACUACCCAUAACUUGGUUUGGAUUAAUGUUGGAAAUAAUUUUAUUAACCUGGCAAACAAAGUCUAUUUUAUGGAAAGCCAAUGAAUUACUGAGUUGGAUUAUCUUGAUUAUCACUUCUUUAAAUACAUUCCAUGAUGACUAUUUUGAAUAUGUUAAUGCUGUGCAGAUAAUUUGUCCCAUUGCCGUCAUUUACAGUGUAUUGAUAACAAGUAACCCCGAAUGCAGGAUACAGCCUAUAAAGAAAAAAUUUACGUUCAAGAAGUUAAAGACAAACACAGAAAUAUCUGAAAGUUCUGAUGAAGAAGCUUAUGAAGACAUAUUGAAUUCAUCAUUCUGCUCUAAAAAAUCAAUGUCGAAUAAAUCGUGCAAGUCUGGUAACAAUUUCAAUGCAUCACAUUCUCAAAAUUUCUUAUUUCAAAACCUUCUACGAAAUACUGCCAACGUUAACGAUACAUUCUACACUGCCAGACGUACAAAAAGUUCACCUGUUUUUAAUACCUCUUUUAAAACUGGCAGUAUCAACAGUUCUAGUAAUGAACUGCACCGCAGCUUAGAUAACUUACAUUUGACUAAUUUAAGUUUUAAUUCGCAACCAUGUAACUCUCCAGUGUUCUCAGUAAAUUCUGUCAGCCGGCCAAUUUUAUCACCACCGAAAUUGAAAAAUAUAACCCAAAAUUCUUGGGCUGCCGGAGGUUUCUGGAAAAACGAUGUAGCCGUAUUUCCGGCCUCCACAGACAUUGCUAACUUAAGUCGUUCUUCAAGUCAGAGUUCUGGUUUCGUUUCUAGUAAUGAACCCGUGGUUCCCAAUACAUACAAUUCCCUUCCACCGUCAAGAGAGCCAUCCCUCUAUGGUGAUUUCGAGAAAGCUUCAAUAUUAUCAGAACCUACUUACCAUUUCACGCCUAUAAAUUCGGGCUGCACUGGAAGUCAAUUGAAAGAUAACUUUUCAUUUAAUAAUUCUCAUAUACCAAAACCAUGUCCGCCUAUGGCAAGUCAGUUAUAUUAUAAGACUGAUAAUAAUAUAUUUUACCCGAUAUUAAAACAAAAUAAUAUGUUGCUUGUUCAGGCAAACCAUAUUCCUAGGUUUAAUUUUGAAAAUAGCUUUAGUAAUUUAUCUUUAAAAAGUUUUAAUGCAAGUAAUAGAUUUAACACACCAGUGUUAUUUGGUGAAAAGCCAGUUAUUAGUAGCUUAUUUAAGAAUUUGCCAGGUGUAAGUCCACAAUCUCAUACUUUUAGGGCUCCACAUUGUUAAUUUAUUUUAUAUUAUCUGUUUAAACAGAAUUGAGUUUAAUGUACGUUUUCUUUGACAUACGGUUUAUCACCAAAAUUCCAUUGUAAAAUUGGAAUUGUUUUGAUAUUAGAGCAUUCAAAAAUUUAAUUACUAGUCAUCAAUUAUCGGUAUAUUAAUUGAAAAAAUUUAUUAAAUUUACAUAAAGGUUUGAAAUAAAUAUGUAUGUCUAGUAGAAUGUUUUUAUAAAAACAAGAAAUCAUUAAAUUGUUCAAUUUUAUACAGCUUGCACAUUUUUGACAUCGAAUUUAAUCAUACAAAUUUACUACACUUCUCUUUUUAUAUAAACCGUUCCCUAAUUAGUAAUAAGUUCUACAAACGAUCAGAUGACUCAUGUUAGAUCUAUGAUGUGAUUGAUGGUUUUUCUUUAAAUGGAAACUGUUCAUUUUUAUACCAUUUUUGAAACUCUUCAAAAGCUUCAAAAACCUACAUAUUGUACCUUUUUAUUUGUUCUUUUUUUGCAAUUCCUGCCAUGCAUAUACACGGCUGGAAAAUCCACAUAGUCCAUCUGCCUUUAUGUGAGAGUGACAAAGUAAGUCAUAGAAAUCCGCACGAUAGACAUGUAUGGCUAUAUUGAAGACGUUUCAUAAUCUGAAUAGUAAAUAGAAUGCGCUCGGUUAGAAGUUGGAGUGACUAUUCAGAUUAUGAAAAGUCUUCAUUAUAGCCAUCCUUGUCUAUUGUACGGAUUUCUUUACUUUGUCGCUCUCAUCGCUCUCAUCUAAAGGCAGAUAGACCACGUACCGUUGCCAGCCGUGUAUGUAAAGUAGGUAUCUCAGUACAAGGAAUAAGGUAUUUAUGAAAAAACUUAAUCAAAUUAGAUUUCUUUUUUAGCUACGUUUCCUAAUUUUUAAAUAUGAAAAAAGUUCUGAAAGGAAAGCCCUUUAAUAGAGAUUCAUGUCGUGGUUUCUACCUGUAUAUUUAAAUUAAUGGCACACUUUGUUUACAGUGCGUCCACGGAUUGUGUGCACGUGGGGUGUAAAUGAUAAAAAAAAAUUUUGAGUUGAAAUUUGAGCUUCUGGUCAUCAUCUCUGCUUGGCCUUAAACUAGGAAGUUGAAAAAAUUUGUCCAAUUAAUUAAUCUACAGGGUGUUUUUACGAUGAAUUUUCAAAAAUUGCCAAG